AUGGAAGAGAAGAAGAAACAAGAGGAAAGGCGGAAAAGAGAGAUGGAAGAGAAGAAGAAAAAGGAGGAGGAGGAGAAGCAUAAAAAGAGAGAUGCUGAAGAGAAAAAGAAGAAAGACGAGGAGGAGAAACUGAAGAGAUUUGGCUUCAAGGAGAAGAGUGAACCAGCCAAACAAAACGGAGCUUUCAUUACAAAUAAAUUUAAGAAGACAGAAAAGAUUUCAAGGGACAACGUUCCGUCCACCAAAGCGGACGACGUGGAGAAACAGGAGGCUGAGCGGAAGCUGCAGGAGCUGAAGCAGCGGCGAAACAACACGGAGAGCGAGGAGUUCGAGAAGAUGAAGCAGAAGCAGCAGGAUGCCGAGGCGGAGCUGGAGGAGCUGAAGAGGAAGAGGGAGGAGAGGAGGAAGAUCCUGGAGGAGGAGGAGAGGCAAAGGAAGAAGGAGCAAGAGGAGAAGAAGGCCAAAGAGCAGGAGGAAAGAAAAAGGAUGAAGGAGGAGAUCGAGAAAAGAAGGGCGGAGGCUGCAGAGAAGAAGAAGCAGAAGGAGGAGGAGGUGUCCACAAAACCUGCUUUUACAAUCAGUCCCAAAGGCUCCUCCAAGAUUGGAGAAAAGGCAGAAUUUCUGAGCAAAUCGGCCCAGAAGAGCUCCGCAGCCAGAGUGUCACAUACUCCAAUUGUGGCCAAGGUUGGCAACAGAUUAGAGCAGUACACUUCUGCCAUCCAGGGAAACAAAGAAGUAAAAUCCCCCAAAUCACCUUUAGCAGAUAUUCCUACAGGAGGGACACGCAACAUCAAGAGCAUGUGGGAGAAAGGCAACUUCCCCAGCACUUCUGAAAGUCCAGCUCCUGCAAACAAGGAUGUGGUUGGGGUUAAAGGGAGUGUGGCGGGACGCGUGAACAGCUGGAUGGGAAAACCUGCAGAAGCAGAGAAGACGGCAGCGCCACCUCCUGCAGCAGCAGAAACAACACCGCCUCCAGCUGCAAAACCAGCA